ACAACAGCAACAGGCACAACAGGCACGAAACAGAUCAGGGAACAAGCAGAGUGAGCUUAAGGUGCAACUGCAAGCUACUUGUAUUGGGAGCAACAGUUUGCUUCUAUGACAUCUCUUGUGACCUCAUUUCGUCCGUCAUUGUGAAGUGCUGCUGGCGCCACUUGGAGAAUCACCGUAGCAACGGUCGGUAUCAUGGAGACCGCACGGGUCCCGGGCUAUAAAACCUAACACGGCGAGAGGAGGCCGCCGGUACGCAGAAACACCGCUUCGACAGACAGGCAGCUUUUUUUCCCUCUGUCUAUCGUUGUUGCUAGUGGAGUUAACUGUAGUAUUUAUCCAUGAUCCUGGUCCCUCACAGAUGGUUAGUCAGGUAGACCUGGUCACCAGGCCCUCUCUAAGAGGACCAGGAAGCCCAGGAGGCCGUCUGGCCAACACCUCCCUCAACCUCUACUGUACCUCCUACAGGGCUUCUUUUGGCAAAGAAGGCUUCAGUCCAUGUCUAGGUCAUCAUUACGGGACAGGGUACUCUGCCAACCUGAGACCUGCUGUUUAUUACAGCCCUAGUCUGGACCACACUGAUAACCCACAGUUAGGGCGUUCUCUGCAAGAUAGUUUCCAUUCUCAGACUAAGCGCCAUUUCCAGCCCCUGACCAGACCUGAUGGGUCAGAGACCCUGCCUUGCCCCAGUGGACAGAUCAGAGAGAGUGGAUACCUACAGCUGAAGACACGGCCUACAGCAAAUGUAUCCAUCCAGACAGAGUAUAAGGAACACUUUGUUCCAUAUCGUCCCAGACCACCAGUUUCUCAGAAGCACCAGUUAGUGGGAGCCCAAGGAGAGAGCGGUUUCACCGAAGGGACGGCCCUGCAACCCAACACCUUUCUUCCCCAGUACCACAUGGUUAGUGUUGCUCCCUCUAAAUAUACAAUAUUGCCACAUGGUUAGUGAUGAGUGUUCAAAUACCAUUGGAAAU